GAAGAGAUUGUGGCCCUGGGAGACACAGUGAGAGCAGUAAUGAAGCAGCACAGGGGCCCCUAAAGCUUCAGUAAAUAUGAGGGGUAGUUGUGAGGUAGAGGCAGGGUGGCAGUGUCACGUGGGUGGAGCUGGGAGAGAGACAUAACGCUUAGCCAUCCGGCAUUUUGGGGUUUCCAUGGCAACAGAAUACCAGAAGGUUGAUAAAAGACCAGUGAAAACACCAGAAACAGGAGUUGGUCGGUACAGAAACAGCUCCAACUCGAGAGGAGAUAAACUGCACCACAAGGAGGAGGAGAAAAAAAACCAAACAAACGAGGGAAACGCCCCCUUGAAAGUGAUUUGAGGCAACAGAGAAGCAGGAAGGGCUCAGGGGGCGUGGCUAAGUGCUGUGGGAAGCGUAUUGUCCCGGGUAGGCUUCCGUACCGGUCUGACUGUGCCAUGUGAGCUGCGAGCAGAGGAGAUGGAGGCUGCGUGCGCCAUAUUGAUGUUAUGGGUUGAUUUAUAAGAGUUGCGACCACAGGUUUCCAACAACAUAAUGGCAGAGGGCCUUCCUAAUGAUGCCAAGGGGGCAGUGUUGAUGCCCAGCGACUCCCUGCCAGAGGGCUCUGUUCAGGUCAGAGGAUAUGACUUUAAUCGUGGAAUCAACUAUGAAGCUUUGUUGCAGAGCUACUUGACCACAGGCUUCCAGGCCACACACUUUGGCCAAGCGGCCAAGGAGAUCAACAACAUGAUAGAGGCUAAGCUGGCAUCUCCUGGAGGCUGCACCAUCUUUCUCGGGUACACAUCGAACCUGAUCAGCUCUGGAGUACGAGAAACAAUACGGUACCUGGUAGAGCACAGAAUGGUGGAUAUCUUAGUCACAACAGCUGGGGGUAUUGAAGAGGACCUGAUUAAAUGUCUGGCACCGACUUACCUGGGAGACUUUAGCCUGAAGGGGGCAGACCUGAGGCCUCGGGGAAUUAACCGGAUCGGGAAUCUCUUGGUUCCCAACAAUAAUUACUGUUUAUUUGAGGACUGGGUCACCCCAAUACUGGAUCAGAUGGUGUUGGAGCAAGACACAGAGGGCACCAAGUGGACUCCCUCCAAGAUGAUCGCACGUCUAGGAAAGGAGAUCAAUCACCCAGACUCUGUGUAUUACUGGGCCUAUAAGAACAACAUCCCAGUAUUCAGCCCUGCUCUGACGGAUGGAUCACUCGGAGACAUGUUGUAUUUUCACUCAUACAAAAAUCCUGGCCUCAAGCUGGACAUUGUGGAGGAUAUUCGCAAGUUAAACUCCCAAGUAAUAUUUGCGAAGAAGACAGGAAUGAUUAUUUUGGGUGGCGGCCUUAUCAAGCACCACAUUUGCAAUGCUAACCUCAUGAGGAACGGCGCAGAUUAUGCAGUUUUUGUAAAUACAGCUCAGGAGUUUGAUGGCUCAGAUGCUGGUGCGAGGCCGGAUGAAGCUGUAUCGUGGGGCAAAAUUCGUAUGGAGGCGAAACCUGUCAAGAUCUAUGCCGAUGCCUCCCUGGUGUUCCCCUUGCUUGUGGCUCAGACUUUUGCACAGAAACAGGCAGAUUUCCCGGCUAAAAAGCAAGAACAGGACUGACACCCUAUGGCCUUGGAUCUAUGCAUGCCCGUGCCUUCUGUCUUGGCAUUCCCCUGCUUGUCAGUCCAUACAAGUUAUCCAUGUGCUGCCCUGAGGCAACAAACCACCACAUCUUCUGAGUUCUGGAGCCAGUAAGCUUGCAUUUGUAGGAUGUGUGUACAUUAGUAUGAGUGCAAUAAUAGAUGUACCGUAUAAGGUUCAGUUGUACAUAAGCAUGCUAAUGUAGGAGGGUAAUUAUUUAAUCCGCUGGGUUAGUGGGGUACUCCUACAUGGUUUUUGGUUUUGUCAUUUGUAUUUUAUGGUGUAUAUUUAAGUUUUAUCUUUGUCAAGAAGAAGGUUCGUUCAACCUAGAGACCCAACUGUCAACUCAGAGAUCAAGGGUUAAAAUAAUAAAAGUAGUACUUCCAAAGAAAAUGUAUUGAAUGGUGUAGAAAAUAGGAAAUUGUAGGGCACCUUUAAUUAAAGGCUUCAGCUGCCCCUUUCCUCGUCAUAUGACGCCCCUCUCCAAACCUGCACCCCUCCUUUGCUUGCAGUGAGCAGGCAGCAGUCUGUGGGAUAGAAGCAGAGAGACUGCACGACGGGAAGAUUCAGAAGCAAUGAGCCCUGCAGGCAAGAGAAGGAUAUGUGAACCAUUUCUUGUUUGUGUUUGAAUAUUUGAUACAUACUUUCCAAAUCUUUAAAAAGCAUUACACAACUAGGCUCGAGUUGAUGCAAUUUAAUAGGGAAUAAAAAAAAAAAAAGUUAAUGCAAAGGACUCGCAUGAAGCUUUGAAUAACAACCAUCUCAAUGUUUGUCUUAGGGCAAGUAAGGAUUUUGUGAUACAAAGGGAUGAAAGAAUUAGAAGAGAUAUUUACAAUCAUCAAAACCGCUUCUCUGCCCGUAAAUUGGUUGCUAAUUGGUCUGCUUUAUUUAUCUGUCACACAAUACACCAUUGUCCUUUGUUUUGUUCAGACAGUGUAACAAGACUGCUUAGAGUGUAUAAUAUCAGAUUGUAGCACUGGCUCUUACUGAUAUAUUAUAUGUCUGGGAAUAUCCUUAUGUAUAUAUUUUUUUACACAUUCACACAAGCUCAUUAAAUCAUCAAAUGUC